ACGAACACAGAGGAGUAGCCGCGAAACGCGAAGAAGCGGGUGCGCCACGUCAUCGACGUACAGUUUCCGACACGUGUCGUGGUUUCAGGCGCCUAUUGGAGCCCAAUAAGCAUAGCGUGGUGCAUAAAAGGACACGAUUGGACACGUGUCGUCCAGCGGAUAAACUUACAUGCUCCUCGGAAGAUGGCGUAUGGCUUCGAAACGAAGCUUCUCGCCCCUCAAAAGAGAACCGUCCGAUGGGAACCUUGGGACACGUAUGGUCACGUGUAGGGCCGAGAUGCGUUGGGAUCCCGAGGGAGGCGCUUAUAAGAUGGAGAGGCAGAGCCGGUGGAGGCCCAACCAGUGGGAAAGAUUCGCCAGGGAAAGCGCAACCCAGGAAAUCAUUUCUCUGCAUUCCGUUUCGCAAGGGAAAACGAGAACUAGGAAAGAGUUUUCUCGUCUUCACUGUUGAUCGUCGCCAGACCAUUCUGAGAGCUUAGCCCCGCGCGUGGACAUGGCCUGUUUCGGGCUCGCCCACCAGCUCAGGUCUCUCUGCGGCGCUCCCGUCCAUCACCCCGACGCCACGAAGUCGCAGGCCGUCUCGGACGCGCCUGCGCUUGCAGCCACGGCGAUCUGGAGGCCGCCGGCGGCCCCCCUACUCCGGGGCCGGGUGCCGGACCUAGUCUCGCCCCCAGUGAGUCCUCGCUGCUCGUCGGCACCGUCGGAGGAGUGGCUCCGCCGCGGGCAGAUGCGCCCGGACCUCACCGCCGCCUGCCUAGCGUUCGACGAGGCGGACCUGGAAGAGGUGGUGGCCCCUCACGCGGCGUCGAAGGGGAAAGGCGGGGAGGCGGCCGGCCAGAGCGGGGUGCCGGUGUUCGUCAUGCUCCCUCUGGACAGCGUGAGGCCGAACCAUGAGGUGAACCGCGGGAAAGCAAUGAACGCGAGCCUGAUGGCGCUGAAGAGCGCCGGCGUGGAGGGGGUGAUGGUGGACGUGUGGUGGGGGCUGGUCGAAGGGCAGGAGCCGGGGCGCUACAACUGGUCCGGCUACGCCGAGCUGUUCGAGAUGGCUCGUCGCCACGGGCUCAAGGUCCAGGCCGUCAUGUCCUUCCACCAAUGCGGGGGCAACGUUGGGGACUCCUGCACAAUACCGUUGCCGAGGUGGGUGGUGGAAGAGAUUAACCGGGACUCGGACUUGGCGUACACCGAUCAGUGGGGGAGAAGGAACUACGAGUACGUGUCGUUGGGGUGCGACGAGUUGCCGGUGUUGAGGGGGAGGACGCCCGUGCAGUGCUACUCCGACUUCAUGAGAGCUUUCCGUGACACUUUCUCCCACCUUUUGGGUGAUACCAUCGUGGAAAUUCAAGUGGGUAUGGGCCCGGCCGGCGAGCUAAGGUACCCUUCGUACCCGGAAUUGAACGGGACGUGGAAAUUUCCUGGAAUUGGCGCUUUCCAAUGCUACGACAAGUACAUGGUGAGCAGUUUGAGGGCGGCAGCAGAAGCGAUCGGGAAGCCGGAAUGGGGCCACGGCGGUCCGAGCGACGCCGGACACUAUAACAACUGGCCGGAGGACACCCCCUUCUUCCGGAAAGAAGGCGGGUGGAACAGCCCCUACGGCGAGUUCUUCCUCUCUUGGUACUCCCAGCUGCUUCUCAACCACGGCGAGCGGAUACUCUCCUCCGCGGAGGCCAUCUUCCGGGGCACCGGUGCCAGGCUCUCCGCCAAGAUAGCCGGCAUCCACUGGCACUACGGCACCCGCUCCCACGCCGCCGAGCUCACCGCCGGCUACUACAACACCCGAUUCCGCGACGGCUACAUCCCCAUCGCCAAGGUGCUGGCUCGCCACGGCGUGGUCUUCAACUUCACUUGCAUCGAGAUGAAGGACUACGAGCAGCCGCAGGAGGCGCAGUGCUCGCCGGAGGGAGUGGUCCGGCAGGUGGUGCUGGCGACGCGGGAGGUGGGCGUGCCGCUGGCCGGCGAGAACGCGCUGCCGCGGUUCGACGAGUCGGCGCACGACCAGAUCGUUCGGUCUUCGUCUCUCCGGAGCUUCUCCGGAGACGGGAAGGCCGGGCGGGGAGAGGAGAGCCGCGGCGCCAUGUGCGCCUUCACCUACCUAAGAAUGACUCCCCACCUGUUCGAGCCCGAUAACUGGAGGCGGUUCGUGGCGUUCGUGAAGAGGAUGAGGGAGUCCGGUAAGUGCUGGGAGCAGGUGCAGCGGGAGGCCGAGCCGUUCGUGCAGGCCUCCGAGCCCUUGGUCCGUGAGGCGGCGGGUGAGCUCGUUCGUGGUUGAUGCCCGGUUCGGUUUGCUGGGGUUCGACUUGGUGUUUGCUUGAUUUUGCAACAUAACGUGCCUCCCUAGGAGGGGCUGCACCUGGGUGGGUGCGUCCGACUUGGCGCGUGUCCUGGGUUUUUGAGGGACAUGGCCAUGUGGCACACCCUUGAUUAGAAUACAAGUCUUCCUACCCAGGAAGAAUAUAAAAAAGAAUGGAACAGUUUCUUCCAA